GGGGCGCGGGGCUGGGGGAGCUGCGGAAGCCGCCUUGCGCAUUUAUGGCUGCGAGGCCGAGAAGUGAGGGCUACCCGGCCCCGGGCGGGAAUCGGCGGGUGAAGGCAGCCUGCGCCUGUGGGCCGAGCGUCUCUGAUCCGAGGCUCCGCGUCCCGCCCGGAGGCGGCGGGAAGCGUUCACUGCCGCUCCUCCAGCCUUGUUGCAUGAAGUGCGCGGCUGCCCCUUGAGUCUGCUCGGGUGGAGACGACUUUUAGAGGGUUUCUCAGACCAACCUGGGUGAAACGAAACCCGCAGACUAGCUGAGGGCUCUAAGGACAUAGCAGCGCUGCACGCAGCCUGUUGCCUCUCAGCCUUUGCUGCCGCCCGCCUUUCCCCUUCGCUCUAGGCACCUGUCGGCUGGUCCUUCUCCGGACUGCUUUCGUUAGUGGGGCAUGGCUGAGACCCGCCUAGGACUUGCCUUUACGCCUCUGAAAGUGGAAUCACUUUAUCCUCGUCCUGGCUGGGUUGAAUUAGAUCCUGAAGUGUUGUGGAGUCAGUUUGUUGGUGUAAUAAAAGAGGCUGUACAAGCUGCGGGACUUCACAUGAGACAAAUUGCUGGUCUUGGCAUCUCAACGCAGAGGGCAACUUUCAUUACAUGGCACAAGAAGACAGGGAAACCUUUUCAUAAUUUCAUAAGUUGGCAAGAUGUAAGAAGUGCUGAACUUGUGAAUUCCUGGAAUAAGUCCCUUCUGUUGAAGGUAGUACAUCUUAUUUUUACAGUGCUUCAUUUCUUGACGGGGAGUGAUCGCUAUUUGGCACCAAGUUUUUUUACCUUUUCAACACAGCAAACUUCUAUGAAGUUGUCAUGGGUUUUUAAAAACAUUUAUGAGGCUGAAGAAGCUGCCAGAAGAAAUGAUUGCUGCUUUGGAACAGUUGAUACGUGGUUACUGUAUAGGCUGACUAAAGGUUCUGUGUAUGCUACGGAUUACUCCAAUGCCAGUGCUACAGGUGUUUUUGAACCCUUUACGAAAUGCUGGAACCCCACUCUGUGUAAUUUACUUUCUAUUCCCAUGUCUAUUUAUCCACCAGUGAAAGACACAAGCUGCAACUUUGGAUCAGCUGAUUGUGAAAUAUUUGGGGUACCUAUUCCGAUAAUGGCAGUGGUGGCUGAUCAGCAGUCAGCUAUGUUUGGAGAAUGCUGCUUUCAGCCAGGAGAUGUUAAACUGACCAUGGGAACAGGUGGAUUCUGGAACGUGAAUACUGGCCAGCAUCUCUUUGCAUCACGGAGAGGUCUGUAUCCACUGAUUGGUUGGAAGAUUGGGGAAGAAGUUGUUUACUUGACCGAAGGCUGUAUGUCAGACGUGGGCACUGUCAUCAGAUGGGCUCAGGAUAUAAAUCUUGUCACCAGUGUAGAUGAAACAGAAAAAAUGGCAUGGAGUAUUGUUGAUUCUCAAGGUGUUUGUUUUGUUCCAGAUUGUCAGGUUUCUGUCAAAGACCCUCCCCUGUGUGCCUCUUUCAUGGGGCUGAAACCUUCCACUACCAGAAACCAUCUUGUGCGAGCUAUAUUGGAAUCUGUAGCUUUCCGAAACAAGCAGCUUUAUGACAUCAUUGUGAAGAAGGUACGCAUUCCUCUUCAUACGAUUCGAGCUGAUGGAGGUGUCAGUAAUAACAGUUUUGUCAUGCAGAUGACAUCAGAUUUAAUUAAUAAGAGGAUAGAAAAACCUGCAAAUGUAGACAUGUCGAGUCUCGGUGCAGCUUUUCUAGCAGGCCUUGCUUCAGGAUUUUGGACUGACAAAGAACAACUAAAGAAGCUGAGGCAAGUAGAAACCGUUUUUGAGCCCCAGAAGGACUUGGAGGAAUACAAACCUGCAAUGGAUACUUGGCUGCAAGCAGUGAAACAUUCCCUGCACUGGUAGAAAUGGGCAUUUUAGUUAAAUGAUUUAAGUCUUGUAAUUCAGAGGUGUAUGAAAUCUCAACGUGACACUAAAAACCAGAACUAAAAUUCAUGAUGGUUAUAUAUAUCUAAGUUUAACGGUACUUCAGCUACCCUACUCCUAGAUGACUCAGCCACACUAGUGAACUUUUCCUGUCACCCCUAUGACAGCUGUAGUCCAGCUGCAGAAUUGGUAGUCCAGCUGCUUGAAUCCUACCAUGUACUAGACAGAGAUGGGGAGUUUUUUCUUAUGAUGGGUUUUCUACUGAGGAACUCACUGCCCUUCAGAUCUGUAAAGUCUUUGGUAUGUUAAUCAUCGAGGCAGAAAAGAAGGCACAUAUGCUUCCCUAGGCAUCUCUACGAGGUGUAAAAUGAUUGUUCAGGGGUGACUUAUGAUGAACUCGAUUUUAAAGAAAGUAUCUUUGUCAGUAACCUGUUACCACCUUUUGGUUAACUUUGCAAGGAAGCAUCUGACCCAGCUCUGUGAUGAUGUUUUUAUGCACUAAAAUCAGAUUAAAUACAAAAGCAAAUAGGUUUUCAGUAUGCCAUGAAAAGAAAAGAAGCUGAAAAAAAAAAUCCAGCUGGUGCUUCUUAUGUAACUUGUAGCUUAGCUGUAAAAAAAGAAGAGUAAAUUAUAAAGACCAGAAGCUGUCUAAUCUGGCAUGAAUAAUACAAAUAGAUAGCAUACCUGUAACUACUUUUAACUUGUAAAAAUCUGUCCUAUUAGCUUAAAUCCUAUUCUUAUCUAAAAGGAAGUAAGAAAAAGUCUAUUUUUGAAGCUACGAAUUUUAUAUUUUUAAAACAAAUAAUUAAAGGAAUGUAUAGGUAAUUAUUUUUAUGUAUUUGUUAAUCACUCGAAUUACAGUUUUCUCAGGAGUUACGUGUAAAUUGAUUCGGAAAAUUUAAGAUUAUUAGAAUUUCAUUUCCGAAUUGUACUGCAUCCACCUCUGGGUGACUGUGUUGCUGGGGACCGGUUUCUCGGGGCUGGAUCCAGUGCCUGCUGCUCCUCCGAAGCGUGGCUGCCGCGCAGGGUCUGAGCGCGGUCGCGGAACACUGGGGCCGGACGAGCUGCUCAGCGG